UUCGUUUCAUGCCGUUGUGAGGUGUUGACCGUCGAUCAUGUCUUCUACGAGUUUAAAUUUAUUAUUGUGCUCAGUGAUAUGCCUAUUAGUGAGAUCUAAUUCACAGACAGUUCAUAAACGUUUCGAAUACAAAUAUUCGUUCAAACCGCCAUAUUUAGCUCAAAAAGAUGGUUCUGUUCCGUUCUGGGAAUACGGUGGAAAUGCCAUAGCGUCGGGCGAGAGCGUGCGCCUGGCGCCCUCGCUGCGCAGCCAAAAGGGUGCCAUUUGGACGCGGAACCCCAUCAACUUCGACUGGUGGGAGGUGGACGUUAUGUUCAAGGUCACCGGCAGGGGGCGCAUAGGAGCCGACGGCCUGGCGUUCUGGUACACAACAGCUCGCGGCGACUACACGGGGGACAUCUUCGGCUCCUCGGACCGAUGGAACGGUCUAGGAAUCAUAUUCGACUCGUUCGAUAACGACAACAAGCACAACAACCCCUACAUCAUGGCGGUCAUCAACGACGGCACUAAGAGCUUUGACCACAAGAGUGACGGAUCGCAACAGUUGCUAUCGGGUUGUCUUCGAGACUUCCGCAACAAACCCUUCCCGACGCGUGCCCGGAUAGAGUACUACCUCAACACGCUCACCGUCUACUUCCAUAAUGGUUUGACCAACAACGAAGCGGACUACGAGCUGUGUUUCCGCGCGGAGAACGUGGUGCUGCCCCGCGGGGGCUACUUCGGGCUGUCGGCCGCCACGGGCGGGCUGGCGGACGACCACGACGUCAUCCACCUGCUCACCACCUCGCUGCACACCACGCAGCAAACCAGCGGCGGGCAGCAAAUCAGCAGCGCGGAGCAGCAGAAGCUGGCUGCGGAGUACCAGGAGUACCAGAAGAAGCUGGACCAGCAGAAGGAGGACUACAGGAAAGAGCACCCCGAUGAGGUGCGCGACAAGGAGGGCGAGUUCGACGACUGGUUCGAGUCGGACGGGCAGAGGGAGCUGAGGCAGAUCUUCCAAGGCUUGGGACAGAUACAAGACGUCAUGAGGGAUUUGCACAAGAAAGUCGACGAGGUGAUCGGAAAGCAGUCCAACUCGCUGUCUCUACUGUCGGCGGUGUACAGCCACGCACAGGGGCAGGGGCUGCAGCCCGCGCAGCCCGGCCAGCCGCCGGUACAGAUGCCUACGUUACCGAUCACGCGCCAGGACUGGGACGUGAUGUCCACUAACCAUCAGCUCGUCAUUAACACCAUCGCAGAACUCAAGGGGUUCAUAAUCGAAGUGGCUCGCAAGUCUGACGCGAUCCUGCAAGGCGGCGCCGCGGCGGCGGGGGGCGCCAUGAGCGCACAGAUAGUGAGCGAGAUGAGGGAGGGCAUCAACCAGGUCAAACAGGGCGUCGCGGGAGUCACGCAGAGGCUAGCGGCGCCGCCUCCCUCGGUGCAGCCGAUCUGUCCGUCCGUGUCGUGCGUGUCCACCACCAUGCUGCUACUGGUGGUGGCCAGCCACCUCGCUCUCAUGUUCCUGUACUCCAUGUACAAAGAAAGAAAGGAAGCUCAAGCGAAGAAAUUCUUCUAAGUGUUGUGUUGUUGUGUGUGGCAUCCGAUACUACUUGCGAACAUUGUGGUUACCAUACGAGGUCCGUCGACAAGGGGGUUGCAACUUCCGACCUGGAGGGGGUCCUCAGUUCCAUGACCUAGCAUAUACAGAUCGACAAGGAUCUUUUGGCGCGUGGCCAAAAUUGGAACUAACGCUGCCAUCUUGUGAAGUGUCACGCUGUCCCUUUGUAUGUGAUGUUGCUAAGUAAAAAAUCUGAAAUUCACUAUUUAAAAAAAAAAUGGUUUAUUCACUGGAAUAUUCUGGAGUUACCUUAUACAUUCUACCAAGUCUUGAUGUGCAAAUAAUAAAUAUUUUUUAAUAAUUCAGGCCAUUCUAUAUAAAUGAUAUCACGAUGUAUCCUAAUAAUAUAAUAUGCAGCAUAAAUGUGUCUGCAUUUUAUAGCUAUAUUUAGCAAUAGGUAAAUAUAGCAUUUGAGCAGGUCAACAUGAUAGAUUGCAAGUCAAUGGUUUUUAUGAUUCUUUUUCUUUGUGGAAACAGGGACAACUUUCCCAAUUUCUCAUUCAGUUCAAAUUAGGUAAAACUUACUCGAUUUUCAACAUUGACAUUGUCAACAUAUUCCCUAAAAUUGAGGAGAUUUUAUUUGCUGGUAUCCUUUGUUCUACAGCUACGCCCCCCUGUCAAUGUCAUUCAAGUGCAAAAAGAUCCUUGUCGUAAUGUAAAGUAAUAAGGAUUUUGUUGUUAAGACUAUAAAGGUUUCAUUGACCGAUAUUAUUAUAAUGUGGAUAAUUCUAUUCGAUAAUUCUGUUAUACGCAAUUUCUUAAGUAAAAGUAAAAUGACAGGUAUCAAAAAUAUUGCUAUCCCUUUCCCAAUGCUUUCUGCAGAAAAAGAUAGCACUAGACCCAGUUCAGUCUAGUUAGAGAUUGCGUACGAUAGAAUGGCCACAAUUUAGUAUACUUUGAGAUUAAAAGUAAAUGUGAGUAUAAUGUAUGAAUAAUUUAAAAAAAAUAUAUGUUUUUUUUUUUGAAGUGCAAUGUGUGAAUAUUGUUUUCUAUUUUUUUUGUAUAUAAAAUAUAUCAAUUUAUUUGAAUGUACGUUUCUCUAAGAUAAUAAUAAUAUUAUGAUGAUUUUGGCUGUAUUUUUAGUUGUUUAAUACAUCAAAUUCGCACAAAAAAUGAAACUCCGAUUUAUAUUUU